UCUGUGUUAGGUUCUCAAUUUUCUCGACUUUUGAGUGUGUUAUCAUGCCUCGCGCUAACAAAUUGCCGGAAUAUGCCCUUUUUGAUUUUAAUGAUGGGUCUGUGGAAACAGGGACAAGUAGUCUGAUUGACGUGGAGUGUGAUGGUGAUGAAACAUCAGACAGAAAUUUCCCGUAUGAUGUGUUUCAUUUUGUUUUCUGGCCGCAUCGGCCAUCCAAAAAUGCUGAAGAAGAAGAAAUAGUGAAACUAAAGCAAUGUGCCAAAAUUCUUCUUUUUGGUAAUGACUUGAUUCAACUAAAACACUAUCGUGAUCAGCUCGCCGAUGAAAUUCUGCCAGUUGCAAGUUUUGGGAAGAUCAGAGAAAAAAUCUGGGAGAAAACUGACAAACCUGACGAGAAAAUUAAUGGCCAGAUUCAGAUAGCCCUAGGUAGUGGGGAACGCCAGUCUAAGAGAUUAAAGGAAAAAAAGUAUUCGAGGGAAGAAACCAGAGACACAAGUAAACCAAAAACAGCAAAGCAAUCUGUGGUGAGAAAAACAGGCGUGAAAAAGAAGAAUGCCAUCCAAAAAAGCGAAGAAACCUUGAAAAAAAUUACGGAGCAGAAGGCUCUUUUCGACAAUUUUGAUGAGAAGCCUAGCGACCACACAUUCCAAGAGCCAGUCAAAAGAAAGAGAACUAGUGAAUUUUUGGGAGAAUCGACAGCCACAACGCAAUUAGAAACUGAUGGUGUCCGUUCAGCAGGCAGGGCUGGCAGCGAAGUAAACAAAUUCAUUUCGUCUCCAAAAACUCGAAAAUUGUCAUCGUCUUCUGCAUUUUCGCCUGCGACGAGUGACGAAGAAAGCUCUGAUGGCCCUGAAAAGAAAUCCAUUUCAUAA